UAGAACGGAAAUGCAAAUAUUAAUAACAGUUUUAGCCGCGCUGGAUGCAGUCCGUGCACAAUCUCUCUUCCUUGUUCUUUCAAAUGCCCAAGAUUCCUCUUUGCAACGUAUCUGUCUUCUCUUUUCUCCUCUCAUGAAGCCAUUCUCUGGCUUCUCCGUCAUCAUCUUCCUUUUCCUCGCUCUUAUCUCCGUCUUCUACCUUCAAUCCAACUCCGAUGGGCCAUGGAAGACCCCCUUCCGCCCCUCGGACCUCCUCCCGCUUCUCCCUUUAUCUGUCUCGUGGCCGAUCCUCCGUUCACUUUACAGCGCCGUUGACCUCCUCCCGACGUUUGUUGGUGCCGUCUCAUCACCGGAGACUAAACUGCAGUGGAAAGGCGCGUGUUUUUACGAAAAUACUGCGUGGAUGGAGUUUCACAAUAAAAGCAAGUCACCCUACGGAGGCGGCACUCUCCAUUUAAAGGUCACGAAUGCUCAUAGCUGGACAUGUAUGGAUCUUUAUGUUUUUGCAACUCCAUACCGUGUGACAUGGGAUUAUUACUUAUUGUCUCGAGAGCAUACCCUUGAGUUUGAUGAGUGGGAGGGUGAAGAAGAAUAUGAACAUGUGAAACAUCAUGGAGUGUCAAUCUUCCUCAUGCAAUCAGGGAUGUUAGGAACUCUCCGUGCUUUGUGGGAUGUUUUCCCUUUGUUUACAAAUACUGGAUGGGGAGAGAACUCAAAUAUUGCUUUUCUCCAAAAGCAUAUGGGUGCAAAAUUUGUGGAACGCCCAAAACCUUGGUUAUCAAGCAUCAAUGUUGAUGACAUUCACUCCGGCGAUUUCUUGACUUUAUCAAAAAUCCGUGGAAGAUGGGGUGGUUUUGAGACUCUUGAAAAGUGGGUGACUGGAGCAUAUGCUGGUCAUACUGCUGUUUGCCUAAAGGAUUCGGAAGGAAAACUUUGGGUUGCUGAAUCCGGACAUGAAAAUGACAAGGGUGAAGAUGUGAUUGCUAUAUUACCAUGGGAGGAGUGGUGGGAUUUCGAAUUGAACAAAGAUGACUCAAAUCCUCAAAUUGCAUUACUUCCGCUGCAUCCAGAUGUCCGUGCUAAAUUAAACAGUACCGCAGCUUGGGAGUACGCAAGAAGCAUGGAUGGAAAGCCUUAUGGCUAUCACAAUAUGAUCUUCAGCUGGAUAGAUACUCCAAGAGAUAACUACCCACCGCCAAUUGAUGCUCAUUUGGUUGCUUCUGGUAUGAUAAUGUGGUCCAAAAUUCAGCCAGCUUAUGCUGCUAAUAUGUGGAAUGAAGCCUUGAACAAACGGAUUCAGACUGAGGGACUUGAUCUGCCCGAUAUUAUAGUCGAAGCAGAGAAGCUUGAUCUUUCAUUCGACAAAUUACUGGCAAUCCCAGAAGAGGAUGAUUGGAUUUAUUCAGAUGGGAAAUCAACUUCUUGUGUUGCUUUUAUCCUGGAGAUGUACAAAUCUGCUGGGCUUUUCGAUCCUUUUGCCACCUCCAUACAAGUCAAUGAGUUCACGAUUAAAGAUGCUUAUUCACUUAAUUUCUUUGAGAACAACUAUAGUCGACUGCCUGAGUGGUGCAACAAAGAAGACACAGUGAAGCUUCCUUUCUGUCAGAUUAAAGGAAGAUACAGGAUGGAACUACCUGGAUACAAUACAAUGCAGCCAUAUCCUCACAUGAAUGAGAACUGCCCAUCGCUGCCACCAGAUUAUGACAGGCCGAGCUUUUGCUGAAGCUGUUGUUGUUCAUACUGCAAUUAUACAUCACUCUUAGUUUAGAAUUUGUAGAAUUUGUAUACUUGUUUUCUGCGUGUAUUGACCCCCAUUCCUUGUAUUGGCUUGUAUAUAUACUUAACUAGGCUCCAAUAACUCUUUUGUAUAACAUAAUAUUGUUCAUUCAAUACGAAGAUGAAUAGAAAUGUGGGCAUAUUUAACUUGCA